AUGACUCUAUCCAACCAACCAGCGCCAAAGCUCGUCUCAGAGCGCCCGAUUGACGCUUCUAGACCGUUAAAGGUCAUUUACAUCGGCGCAGGGGUAUCAGGCAUCUUGGCCUCGAUCUUCUUCCACAAAGCCGUUCCUUCACUGGACCUCGUCAUCUACGAUAAAAACCCCGAGGUCGGAGGCACUUGGUUCGAAAACAGGUAUCCCGGCUGUGCUUGUGAUAUCCCGUCUCAUGCUUACCAACUGAGCUUCGAGUCCUGGAUGGAUUGGAGCCAUUUCUACUCAGGCGCCCCGGAGAUCCUCGAGUACUGGAAGAGGGUGGCAGAUAAGUACGGUGUCAGAGAGCAUACCCGGUUGAGCCAUAAGUGUAUCCAGGCUACCUGGAAUGAGUCGCGAGCCAAGUGGACUGUCCGGCUUCAGAGACUCGAUGUUGACCCGCCUGUCAUCAUUGAGGAUGAAUCGGAUGUGCUGAUCACGGGCACGGGGUUGUUGAACGAGUGGAAGUGGCCUUCCAUUCCAGGCCUGCACAACUUUACUGGCGAGAUUCUCCAUACCGCCAACUGGCAGGACGACUUUAGCGCGAAUGACAAGAGAGUUGCCGUCAUCGGUGCGGGGAGCAGUGGCAUCCAGGUUGUCCCAGCCCUUGUGAACAAGGUCAAGGCCAUGGACCACUACGUGCGCGGCAAGACUUGGAUCGCCACCCAAGGUUCUGAAGACAUGCUAAAGGCGAGGACGUCGAUGCAGGCCGCAACCGAGGGAGCCACCAAUUUCGUUUACGACCAGAAGGAGAAAGAUGGCUGGAAGAAAAGCCCUCUCGCAUACAUGGCGUACCGAAAGCAAAUCGAGUUUCGCCUGCAGGGUAGCCACGAGAUCUCGCACAGAGGCAGCCCUCGCCACACCCAAGCGCGGGCGAGCUAUGAGAAGAACAUGCGAGACAAGCUCAAGUCGAAGCCUGAGCUUCUCGACCAGCUACUCCCAGACUUUCCUCCUCUUUGCAAGAGGCUGACACCCGGACCGGGGUAUCUGGAAGCCCUCACAGCCCCUCAUGUCUCCACUAUCUCGUCGCCGAUUGCCUUCAUCGACUCGACCGGCAUCGUUACCAAGGACGGAGUUAGGCGGCCCGUUGAUGCAAUCAUCUGCGCCACUGGGUUCGAGACGGCUCCAGGAUCUGGAUUUCCCAUCUAUGGCAGAGACGGAAUCAACUUGCGAGAGAAGCAUAGGAUCCGUCCAAAGUCGUACCUGGGCCUCUGCACAGACAACUUUCCCAACUUUUUCCAAUCCCUGGGCCCCAACACGUUUCCCGGCACGGGGAAUCUAUUGAUCAUCAUGGAGCAUGCCCAUCAGUACAUGGCCAAGAUCCUUCACCGGCUCGCCUACGGCAAUGUUAGGACGAUAGAGCCCAAGCGUAGGCAAGUCGACAACUUUACUAACUACUGCGACGAGUACUUUGAGAGGACCGUCUACACGACCGACUGCAUAAGCUGGUACAAGACUCCCGGAAAGAGCUCUGGCGAACGCCCGCGGGUCACUGCGCUGUGGCCGGGAAGCAGCCUCCAUGCCAUCCGCGCCCUAGAGUCGGUUCGAUGGGAUGACUAUGAGAUGGAAUCUUGUGACGGAAAUGAUUUUGGAUGGUUUGGUGAUGGCUCGACGAGCGGUGAGCACAACGUUGGCGACAACAUUGAGGAUCUCACGUGGUAUCUCAACCAGAGCGAGUUUCUUCACAAUUCCCUUUCCCCUGCAGCGGCCAAUUAG